AUGGUAUGGGCUUAUGCCGAUCCCGAAGAAGCUCUGUUCGUGCUGAAAAUGAUGGAUCUGGAAGGUGAUAAGGAUGAUACGUUCACGUUCGCGACUGUUUUAACUGCGUGUGCUACCAGUUGCGAGCAUGCAUUGCUACAAACGAACUUUCUUCACGAUCGAGCGACCAGUUUGGGGCUUGGAUCCGAUCCAGUUGUGGUAGCAGCAGUUAUCAACUCGUACUCCAAGUCCCAGAGGCUCGGGCUUGCAAGGAGCACUUUCGAAGGACUUGCGACGGACAAACGAGAUGCAGUGGUACGCACGAUCAGGUCACAUCCAAGGCGCUCUGGAGAUCUUCUCCAAGAUGGAUCAUCCGGACAAGAUCACAAUCGCGCAGGUGCUGGAUGCCUACACGGAUCUGGCAUGCCUCAGCCAGUGCAAGGCCGCUCAUCGCGAUUUCAUGUCGCCAAACCAAGAGCUCGAGUCGGAGAAAAUGGUGGCCAACGCUCUUGUAAACAUGUACGCGAAGUGUGGAAGCCUGGAAGAGGCCAGGAGAGUUUUCGACAGGAUGAGCUUGCAGUUCAGGAACAUCGUCUCGUCAUGAUCUCGGCUUACGCCCAGCACGCCCGGAGCUCCGAGUCGAUGGAGCUGUUCCAGAGGAUGCAGCAGCAAGGAGUGGAGCCGAAUCAAGUGACUUUCAUCAGUAUCUUGAGCUCUUGCAGCCACUCGGGCUUGAUCGAUCAAGCAGCGUACUGUUUCUACAGCAUGGAGCAAGAUCAGAGCUUGCUGGCGUCCCAGAGUCAUCUGGUUCAUAUGGUUGAUCUUCUCGGACGAGCUGGGAUGCUCAUGUUGAGGUAUACGCUCUCUAUGACAUGA